AUGCUUAUCUUAAUCGUACAGGCAUUCACUGGCAACGAUUUAUCAGCGAAGGGGAUAUGUGUUCUUAUUCUUGAUAUUUCACUGAAGACAGUAUCUAUCUAUCUCUCUCAAUCUCUCUCUCUCUCUCUCUUUCUCUAUAUCUAUCUGUCUCUGCAUCUAUCUAUCUAUCUAUCUAUCUAUCUAUCUAUCUAUCUAUCUAUCUCAUCCACUCUGUUAAUAUAUAUCGAUAUUUCCUUGUCAGCCUAUCUAUCUAUCUAUCUAUCUAUCUAUCUAUCUAUCUAUCUAUCUAUCUAUCCAUCUGUUAAUAUAUCGAUCCUUGUCAGCCUGUCUAUCUAUCUAUCUAUCUAUCUCAUCCACUCUGUUAAUAUAUAUCGAUAUUUCCUUGUCAGCCUAUCUAUCUAUCUAUCUAUCUAUCUAUCUAUCUAUCUAUCUAUCUAUCUAUCUAUCUCAUCCACUCUGUUAAUAUAUAUCGAUAUUUCCUUGUCAGCCUAUCUAUCUAUCUAUCUAUCUAUCUAUCUAUCUAUCUAUCUAUCUAUCUAUCUAUCUAUCUCGGUCUGUUCGCAUUUAUCUAUCUAUCUAUCUAUCUAUCUAUCUCGGUCUGUUCGCAUUUAUCUAUCUAUCUAUCUAUCUAUCUAUCUCGGUCUGUUCGCAUUUAUCUAUCUAUCUAUCUAUCUAUCUCGGUCUGUUCGCAUUUAUCUAUCUAUCUAUCUAUCUAUCUCGGUCUGUUCGCAUUUAUCUAUCUAUCUAUCUAUCUAUCUCGGUCUUUAUCCUAUCUAUCUAUCUAUCUCCCGGUCUAUUUAUCUAUCUAUCUAUCUAUCUAUCUCUGUCUCGCAUCUAUCUAUCUAUCUAUCUCAUCCAUCUCGGUCUGUUCGCAUUUAUCUAUCUAUCUAUCUAUUUAUCUCAGUCCUUCGCAUUUAUCUAUCUAUCUAUCUAUCUAUCUCUAUCUAUUUAUCUAUCUAUCUAUCUAUCUAUCUCAUCCACUCUGUUCUAUCUAUCUAUCUAUCGAUCUUUCCUUCUGUUCGCAUUUAUCUAUCUAUCUAUCUAUCUAUCUAUCUAUCUGUUAUCUAUCUAUCUAUCUAUCUAUCUAUCUCGGUCUGUUCUGCAUUUAUAUAUCUAUCGAUCUAUCUAUCUCUAGUUCGCAUUUAUCUAUCUAUCUAUCUAUCUAUCUCGGUCUGUUCGCAUUUAUCUAUCUAUCUAUCUAUCUAUCUAUCUCGGUCUGUUCGCAUCUAUCUAUCUAUCUAUCUAUCUAUCUCUCUGUUAAUUUAUAUCUAUCUAUUAUCCUCUAUCUCGGUCUAUUCUUUAUCUAUCUAUCUAUCUAUCUAUCUAUCUCGGUCUGUUCGCAUUUAUCUAUCUAUCUAUCUAUCUAUCUAUCUAUCUCGGUCUGUUCGCAUUUAUCUAUCCAGCUAG